UAACUAAAAGUAAGCAAUGAAGGUCGAAAUUGACUCCUUUUCUGGUGCUAAGAUCUACCCAGGCAGAGGUACCUUGUUUGUCAGAGGCGACUCCAAGGUCUUCAGAUUCCACUCUUCCAAGUCUGCUUCUUUGUUCCACCAAAGAAAGAACCCAAGAAGAAUCGCCUGGACUGUCUUGUACAGAAGACACCACAAGAAGGGUAUCACCGAGGAGGUUGCCAAGAAGAGAUCCAGAAAGACCGUGAAGGCUCAAAGAGCGGUUGUCGGUGCUUCUUUGGAGUUGAUCAAGGAGAGAAGAUCCUUGAAGCCAGAGAUCAGAAAGGCUAAGAGAGACGAGAAGGCCAAGGCUGACAAGGAAAAGAAGAAGGCCGACAAGGCUGCCAGAAAGGCCGACAAGGCCAAGUCUGCUGCCACUCAGGCUUCCAAGAUCUCCAAGCAGCAAGCCAAGGGUGCCUUCCAGAAGGUCGCUGCUACUUCUCGUUAA